CACGGAGCUCACCUCACCACAACACUCACAGCAACGACCACUUUAACAUCCUCUCACCCCGUCCAGCGUCAUGGCUGCAAUGAUGCCUGGUCCCGGCAGUGGACGCAAUCAAUCAGCCAACCCCUACGAACACUACGAUGCACCCGUCGAGGAAGACGACCUCAUCGAUCCCGAUGAUGCCACUCUCGACGAUCUCGACGACCCCGUCUCAACGAGCGACCGAGCACCCCUGACCGGCAACAUCACAAACCAACAAUCCCAAGCCAACGCCCGCGCAGCCAAUUCCGCUCAAGGCUACCUCAAUAACGCCAUCGCUGGCGAAGAUCGCCGCGCACCACUUGACACACUUGACGAAUCUGUCUGGGACACUCUACGGCGCGAUCUGCUUGCCGUGUGGGAAAAGAUGCGGCAGGUGCUUUACCCCAAGUACCUACUUGGAGGUGUCAUGGCUCGAGGGGAGGGUAUGAAUGCAAACAAUGGCGAAGGAGGAGGUCCAGCAGGCGUGGCAGGGCAUAUCAGAGGUCUUGUGGGAAGAUGGCCACAAGUUGAUGCAGAUACUAUCUUGGAGCAGGGCGGGAUGAGCGAGGGUUUGAGGGAUUGGGAUCUAUGGGGUCCGCUACUUUUCUGCUUGCUUCUGUCUUUCUUCCUCUCGCUUGGUGCUAGAGAAGACCAGCGCUCCGCUGUCUUCAGCGGAGUCUUUGCUCUCAUCUGGAUUGGCGAGGCAGUUGUGACCCUGCAGAUCAAGUUGCUCGGAGGGAAUAUUUCCUUCUUCCAGUCCGUUUGCAUCAUCGGCUACACACUCUUCCCCAUGGUCAUCGCUUCGAUCCUCAGCGCCUUCCACGUUCCCACGAUAGUACGAAUACCCGUCUACAGCGUGCUUGGACUGUGGUCAUUAGCGGCUGGCGUGAGCAUUUUGGGCGGCAGUGGUGUCAUCAAGAACAGAGUGGCAUUGGCUGUAUAUCCACUCUUUGUGUUCUACGUUGGCGUGGACUGCUUGUGCUUCAUCUCAUAGCACAAAGUCAGCGCAGUCUAUGUAACAGUUUGAAUCAAAUGCGAUGCUCCCUAUCCCGGCCAUCAAGAUGAUGGUCCUCCUGAAGCUGGUUCCCUGACAAUGUGCUGCCGAGAGC